AUUAAGAGUUGAAACUUGGGUAAUUUUCCAAUCUUAAAGCUAUAUAAGUAAAAACAAAUAGGGGCUGUGUUUCAUGUUGCAGGAGAAAACACGAAGAAGAAGAAGCUGCAUACAAAAUCACUUUUGGCCAUCUGACAAAGGAAUCAAAACAACCAUGACAACCAAGAUGGAAACGCUUGAUCCUUCAGCUCUGUCAGAUGUCGCUUCUACUGUCACCUACGAUCCUAGAUCUGACACAGUGACCUUACCAGGAGGUGUUGUCUCUGUGGCGGGCAUCACAGUGAUGACUGGGGGCGCUGAGCUGUCUUGCGGCUCCUGUAUGCUGGCCUUUGGUUUUUGGGGAACUCUCAUCGGCUUCAGCUGCGUAGCUGUGGGGCUGUGGGACCAACUGAACCACUAUGAAGGAGGAACCUCUCACUUACUGGCACUGGGAUUUGUGAUUCUGACCCUCAGUGUGGUUGUGGUGGGAAGUGUGGCGGCAUUUUACCUCCUGAUGAAAAAAAAGAGAGAAAUGACAAGAGAGGAGAGAGAGGACGGAAAAGAAGUUCUUGUCGAGAGUGGGAGGGUCAUCAAAAAAGUCACAGUAUGA